ACCGCUAAGCGGGUCUUACACGAGAAGAGAGCGAGUGCCGGUACGUUGCCGAGAUGGGCUUAGAUGAAGAAAAAACGGUUCUAGGCGAGGAAAUUGUCUCAGAACAGGAUGAGGAUUCAGAUCCUGAAGAUGAAGGCAAGGAAGACGAAGCACCUAGCGAUGAUGGUGGCGACGGAGAUGAUGAUGAUGAUGAGGAUGAGGAAGAACUAGAAGAUCCCUUGGACAAAGUGCGAGAUGCUUGUGGUGAACAUGCUGAAUGUACCAAAUUAAAAAAUGAGCUAGAGCUGUGCAAUCAGCGAGUUAGUAGCCGGUCAAACACGGAGGAGACAUGUGUACAGGAAUUGUUUGAUUUUCUUGAGUGCCAAGACAAAUGUAUUGGACAUCGCUUGUUUUCUAAACUGAAGUGACAGAUAUUUUGGUAUCCCAACUUUGGGAAUACUGUCUUAGUGGAUGUAGUACACUUGUUAUUUCAGCUUGAUUGUAAAAAUACAUGGGGAAGACUUAUGAUGUUGCUCCUUUCAUCUGUGGCUCAUACACCAGUAAUUUUAAUGCCAGGAAUCUCUAACUGCUGUUUGGACAGAUGUGUUUGUGGAAAAUGUUAAUAAAUCACUUUUAUUUAAAAACUUU